GGGCCCGGCUGGAACAUGGCGACGUGCGCCGAGAUCCUGCGGAGCGAGUUCCCCGAGAUUGACGGACAGGUCUUCGACUACGUGACGGGCGUCCUGCACAGCGGCAGCGCGGACUUCGAGUCGGUGGAUGACCUGGUGGAAGCCGUGGGCGAGCUGUUGCAGGAGGUGUCCGGGGACAGCAAGGAUGACGCGGGCAUCAGGGCCGUGUGCCAGCGCAUGUACGACACCCUGCGCCUGGCCGAGCCGCCGAGCCAGGGGAACAGCCAGGUCCUCCUGGACGCGCCCAUCCAGUUGUCCAAGAUCACGGAGAGCUACGACUGUGACACCAAACUUCCCGGACUACUAAAGCGGGAACAGUCCUCGACCGUGAAUGCAAAGAAACUCGAAAAGGCUGAGGCGAGACUGAAGGCCAAGCAGGAGAAGCGCUCCGAGAAGGACACGCUCAAGACUGGCAGCGUCCCAGUCUUGGAAGAGGCCUCAGCCAGCCAGGCAGGCAGCAGGAAGGAGAGUCGCUUGGAAUCAUCCGGCAAGAACAAAUCCUAUGACAUCCGGAUCGAGAACUUUGACGUGUCUUUUGGUGACAGGGUCCUGCUGACAGGGGCAGACGUGAACCUGGCCUGGGGCCGCCGCUACGGGCUGGUGGGUCGCAACGGACUGGGCAAGACCACGCUGCUGAAGAUGUUGGCCACGCGGAGCCUGCGGAUCCCAGCCCACAUUUCCCUGCUCUACGUGGAGCAGGAGGUGGCGGGUGACGACACCCCUGCCCUGCAGAGCGUGCUGCAGAGUGACACGGUGCGCGAGGACCUCCUGCAGCGGGAGCGCGAGCUCAGUGCCCAGAUCGCGGCCGGCAGGGCCGAGGGCUCGGAAGCAGCACAGCUGGCGGAAAUCUACGCCAAGUUGGAGGAAAUCGAGGCGGACAAGGCUCCCGCCAGGGCCUCGGUCAUCCUGGCGGGGCUGGGCUUCACCCCUGCCAUGCAGCAGCAGCCCACGCGGGAGUUCUCCGGCGGCUGGAGGAUGCGAUUGGCCCUGGCCCGGGCCCUGUUCGCUAGGCCCGAUCUUCUGCUGUUGGAUGAACCCACAAACAUGCUGGACGUCAGGGCCAUCCUGUGGCUGGAGAAUUACUUGCAGACAUGGCCCUCCACCAUCCUCGUUGUCUCCCACGACCGCAACUUCCUCAAUGCCGUUGCCACCGACAUCAUUCACCUGCACAGCCAGCGGCUUGACGGGUACCGGGGCGACUUCGAGACCUUCAUCAAGAGCAAGCAGGAGCGGCUGCUCAACCAGCAGCGGGAAUACGAGGCCCAGCAGCAGUACCGCCAGCACAUCCAGGUGUUCAUUGACCGCUUCCGCUACAAUGCCAACAGGGCCUCUCAAGUGCAGAGCAAGAUCAAAAUGCUGGAGAAGCUGCCGGAGCUGAAACCUGUGGACAAGGAGAUCGAGGUAGUGAUGAAGUUCCCCGAUGGCUUUGAGAAGUUCUCUCCACCCAUCCUGCAGCUCGACGAGGUGGAUUUCUACUAUGAUCCAAAGCACGUCAUCUUCAACCGCCUCUCCGUCUCUGCUGAUCUCGAGUCCCGCAUCUGUGUGGUGGGGGAGAACGGCGCGGGGAAGUCGACCAUGCUGAAGCUGCUGAUGGGGGACCUGGCCCCCGUCCGGGGCAUCCGGCACGCUCACAGGAACCUGAAAAUCGGCUAUUUCAGCCAGCACCACGUGGAGCAGCUGGACCUGAAUGUCAGUGCCGUGGAGCUGCUGGCACGCAAGUUUCCCGGUCGGCCCGAGGAAGAAUACCGGCACCAGCUGGGCCGCUACGGCAUCUCGGGAGAGCUGGCCAUGCGCCCUGUCGUCAGCCUGUCCGGGGGGCAGAAGAGCCGGGUGGCCUUCGCCCAGAUGACCAUGCCCUGCCCCAACUUCUACAUCCUGGACGAACCCACCAACCACCUGGACAUGGAGACGAUCGAGGCCCUGGGCCGGGCGCUCAACACCUUCAGGGGGGGAGUGAUCCUGGUGUCGCACGACGAGCGCUUCAUCCGGCUGGUCUGCCAGGAGCUGUGGGUGUGUGAAGGCGGCGGAGUGACCCGGGUCGAGGGGGGAUUCGACCAAUACCGCGCCCUCCUCCAGGAACAGUUCCGGCGGGAGGGCUUCCUCUAGGACCCCCGCCCCUGCCACCAGGCUCGAGGACUGGGCCCAGGAUGUGGACUGCUCGCUCAGACCCCUGGGCCACCACCUGACCACCCUUUCCUGGCAAUGGACUCGCCUCGGCUCUGGGGACAGCCUUACUCCCAAACCUGACCAGAGCACGUCCUGUCCCGCCCAGCCAGCGGCGUCUCCUCCGUGUGUGAGGACUGGUCUUCCGAGGGGAAAGGGGACCGGGGUGCCUGCCGGCACUGCCCCGGGCCAUGGGGCCCCUUCCCCUGGCUGCUGUGUCGAUUAAACCUCCC